AUGUCGUCACACGCAACACUGAGCGCAGCGGCCGACGACCGCAAGGCCCGGCUCGCCAAGCUCAAGAGCCUCAAGCGCAAACAGCCCGGCGAGGACCACGACAACGACGGCGGCGACAGCGCGGCUCCGUCCCACGACCACAACGACGAUACCACCGCCACCACCAACACCAACAACAACAAUGACAACAACGACAACGGCGAGGCCCCCCCCAGCCCGCCAUCCAACGACGUAGCGCGGCUACACCUGUCGGGGCGCAACUACGACGUCGCGGCGCGGGGGCCGAAGCUGGGGUUCGAGGCGCCGCCGACGCUGGGCCUGGAGACGGCGACGCUGGAGGAGCAGGCGGCGUCGCUGGAGGAGGCGUCGCGGCGGCAGGCGGCGGCGGACGCGGCGGACGACAAGGGCAUCGACCUGUUCAAGUUGCAGCCCAAGAAGCCUAACUGGGACCUCAAGCGGGAGCUGGGCCGCAAGCUCGAGGUGCUCAACGCGCGCACCGACAACGCCAUUGCGCGGCUCGUGCGCGAGCGGCUGGCUGCAAAGAAGGCUGUCGCGUCGUCGUCGUCGUCUCAAUCGCAGAGCAGCGAGAAGGCGGCGGCGGCAGGUGGAGAUUUGCUGGACGGCGCUGCGCUUGUCGAGGGCAUGCGACUGCGGGAGAAGGAGGAGGAGGAAGAGACGAGACGGGAGCGAGAGCUGGAGGAGGCGGACUUGGCCUGA